AUGAAUCUCACAAGUUUAACUGUCUGUGACCGUCCAGAUUCCUUUUUGACAGAUGACAAUGGCCAUACUUUUCUUCAUUUCCAAUACACAGAGGACACAGGAACAGAAAUACACAGGCAUACAUCACCACUCUGCUUGGAUCUCUGCAGUGCUGGACUGAUGCCCAAGUUGCUGGUGGUAAGGCAAUAUUGCUUAAAUAUGUAACUCCCUUUUUAGGGUUGGAUGCUGGCGUCUGAUAUGGUUGGUCUCCUUGUACAGUGUUCAAUCUAGAAAUUAGUCAUACGUCCCACAUGGCAUUUUAAAUUGGGUCAUUUUGUAAAUGGUCUGGGUCAAACUUUGAUUUUGGAACUUUGAACAACUGACAUCAUUGUUGGCUCUUAAAAUUCUGGAGGCUGACUCAUUGAACUCCAGCUUUACUGCCAUCCUUAUCCAGUCCAUCCUCAUGGUUUUCAGGUUCAACUACCAUUGCUUCUGCGUAAAAAAAUGAACGUAGCUUUUGUUGUCGUUUCAUAAUGAAAUGAAAAAAGAAAGAACAAUCUAAGCCAACAAAAAUGUUGUCUCCUUUUGAGACAGUGAAGAAGUAAACCUAAUCUGGUUACAACUUCAAGCCAUAUAAUUUUCCUUGCAAAAUUCAGUGUGUUAUUGUGUAUCACAGCUAAUGUAGAAUGAUGUAAGCAAAUUCUUACAGCAACCUCUGGUGUUGGAGUUGUGGAUGCAGACUCCUGGAGAGAGUAUGUCACCGUAGCCUGCCAAAUUUCAACUUUAAGUAAGCAGUGCCCAAACAGUGACUAUGGAGUUUCUCCCUCAUUUGCUUUCACUGUUAGUAAAACGCAGGGAACACAUAAUUACUGGAAACUGUCGUAGCAACUAUGCCACAAGACAGGUCUUCAUGUUGUAGGAUUUGGCACUAUGGCACAAGGUCAUUUCCAAGCUUGCCCAGUGCAUCAUUUUUGGGCUCUUUUGCUCCCGGUCGCUGCAGUAGAGGUUGCAAUUUGCAAGUCCCUUAAUGAUUACAGUGGAACCAUGAACCUUUAUAUGAUGAAGUCCUCGGUAUAACAAACAAUUAUAUUUUUUGCCCCAGUUAUAGUCAAAUGUAUGGAAAAGAACUGCGACAUAACAAAACCUCUUUAAAGUGAACAGAUUUUGUCAGUCCCUUGGCCCUUUGUCAUAUCAAGGUUCCACUUAGGUAUCAUGAUUAAACUUGCAUCAGUCUCUAUAUCCAAGAAAGACAGAAAAUACCCAGUUGUGAACUGUUGCUUUCUCUUCCAGCAUGAAAUUAACCUUGUUGGUGUGAUGUUGUCAAGUUGCCAAAACUGCUUUGAUUUAGCACUGGAGAACCUCAGACGCGUUAUAAUGCAAGAUACACGGGGAGAUGUCACCCCUUUUAUGGACUAUUGAACAAUGAGAAAUACCAAACUCUAAGUGACCUGUUGGUGGGUCGUCUUCUAUUUUCAGCUUUAAAACAACAAAAGGUGAAUUAUGUGUACUUACUUCCAAAAAAUUGUUUUAUCAGAAAACUUAUUGUGUCACAAGAAUCUUCCACAUACAGUUUAAGGAGGACUGAUGGCAAAUUGCUGUUGCUUGAAAUAUCUAAAAGUCUAAAAAAUCUAAAAGUUGUAACUGUUCAUCAGUAGGAUGCCUAAAAUGUGUGCAAUUCCAGGAUUGGCUUCGGCUCCAUUUAUUCCUAAACCAGUGGAGAGGAGAAAUGUGGCAUCAUGUUACCACGGUAGCACUUUUUCUGGAUGACAACAAAACCAAUGACGAUGGCAAUGGCAAGGAGAACGGCAAAAAAAUAAAAUAUUUAUAUUAACAAGCAACAACUUUACACAUGAAUCAUGCUAUUUUGUACAUUUCUUUGCCAUCGUUGCACCACUACGACAUGAAAUUUCCUUAUUUCACGAGCCCGCAUUAUGGAGUAGGUGAACAUGGCACAAAAAUUGUCGCUUUCUUUUUCUAAACUUAGAUAACGAUAGAUACGGUCCCAAAGAAAAUUUUGUCAAGAUUUGCCAAAUUAAAUGAAACUGAAUAAGAUUGGUAAAGUUUGAAAUAGCGCAAAUAGACUUUCAAGUGACUUUAUCGUUUAGUUGUCAUCCAAAAAUUUUCCUACCAUGGGAAUGUGACGUAAGGACUUCUCCUCUCUAUUGUAGAACAUUUUAGGAGGAGCCACCCACAAUGUGAGAAGAGUUAUCAACAAUGUAUAUGUCAAGGAAAACAGCCCAAAGAACUUGAAAUGCGUUAAAUAACAAACUUUAGCUUAUCUUUAGCUGGCAGUGAGGUCUGGAACCGAGUUUGCAUGAUCACCCAAGUUAAGAAAUUUGGCAGCGUGGGACUGAGUACCAAUUUUCCUUCAAAACAAAUAUGGCAGAUAAUGCAGACAUCGAAGGACCAUGAAUGUUUACUCAGUUUUAAGUUUUUCCAUGUCCAAACAUCAACAAAAGGUUUUCAUGAACUUUUUUAAUAGAAGUUUUGGACAUCAGGUGGUGUGAUGUACAUUGUAUGAACAGGUCAAGUUCACUGUAGUCUACAAUUGUUCUUAGCAAUACUUAUGUGAUAUCUCGUAUUGGUUUUCAGGUCUUAUUCCUGUUUUGUUACUAUUUUCUGAAGUAUUUGCUUCUCAAGUUCUCAAGUAUUUGCUUCAAUUCUCCGGUGAGUAUUUCACAUUUUCUUUCUUUUUUUGUCUUCUCAGUGGCGUUUUUUCUGGCUGUUUUCCACAACACUGUAUUGAUAUUGUUCUUUUCUUGCACUGUAGUUAUUCUUUGGAAAUCUGGUUUGCUCAUAUCACUGUCUUGUCCUCGAUAUUAUGUCAUUUUGGAAAUCUCUGUUGUUUCCCAAAGGACCCAAGUUUAUUCACAGUAAGUUAUUUUCCUCUUGUUUUGUCAGUUUCAAGGUGCGAACAAUGUCUUAGAUAUGACUGCUUAUUUCUAAGACAGGCCAGUAGCGUCACUGGGCUACCUUGUGGGUAUGCAUCUGUUAUGUCUUUUAAUGCGCAUACUUCAUGGCUUCAUAUGCCGUUGAGGGUUAGACAUACAACUUUGUUCAGUUACCUUCCAGGUACAUACUUCUGAUGUAAUUGACUGUUGAUAUGUCAGAUGCACGUGUGCCAUUGAUGGUUGUGUAUUGAAUGUCUUUGAUUGUCACUUGCAUUUGUCUUUCUUGCAAUUGUGUAUUGCAACAGUCACUUUGCUGUAAGUACAAUGCUGUAAAUUUUAACGAAAUAUCUGCGUUGAUUACCGUUGGACAAUUUGGGCUGCGUUGUUUCCGCAAUUGCUGUUUGCAAUUUACGCUGUUUGUUUUUUACAUGUGGAUUGCUGUAACCUUGCAAGAUUAGCACAUUGGAUACUGUUUAAAGACAUCAUGACAGUUGAGACCAAUGUUUGACAAAAACUAGUACUGACCUCAAUGUCGGAUAUGUCAAUUUCUUUAAACAGUGCUUGUCUUUCAUGGUUACAGUGCCAUAUGAGUGUGAUUCCACUAAUUGUAUGCUAUAUUUGUCAACCAUUUUGCAAUGUUAGUGUGGUCACAACGUCUUAUUGUCUCAUUUUACCACAAUAUGUGACAUUGUCUCCUUCCUAUGACUACACCUGUGUUGCGUAAUGUUACGGGCAAGUAGUGCACAUCAUUAGUGGGACUACACUUUUUCUUCUUUGUUGACAUAUCACAUGCUGAUACUCACCUCACAAGCUGAGUGAUGCCUCAUGUUCCUUACUAGUUGCGCCAUGGCGGGUUGGUCAGUUGAACAUGCGACCACCUUUUGGGACCGGUGAGAUAUGGACACUGUUAUGCACUAUCCUGUUAGCCAGCAACGUCACGACCUGCUAG